AUGGCGUUUUUCAUGUCAAAAUUUGGAAAACAUAAAGAAGAUGAACAUGAAAAUGGUUCUUAUGAUGUACAUGAGGGUUGCAGGGCGUGUAACCAAUGUUUCAUUAGAGGACAUAAACACAAUGCUGUAUCAUUCUGUCCAUCGUGUUACACUUUUCUCUGUCAGGCAUGUACCACAGACCAUAAACAGAAAAUACAAGAUCACGGUCUGAUUACCGAUGAUUUCGAACUCUGUGAGGAAUAUGUUAAACUGAAAAAAAAAAUCAACUACGCCACCAUUGAGCUAACGCAAACUGGUAAUGAAGCUGAUAAUGAAGCAUACUUAGCCGAGUUAUACAGGGACAAGGCAAUUGAAGAAAUACAUAAAGAGAGAGAAAAGAUUAAUAUAAUGUUAGAUAAAGAAAAAAUCAGAAUCAAUAGUGAACUAGACGAAAUGGAGAGAAAAAUAAAAUCAAGAAUACUUGAAAAGUACACAAAAGAUUUUGAGAAGUUCAAGUCCGUUAAAGAAGAAGCAGAAUCGGUGAAAGAAGACAUACAAACGUUAAAUCAAACGUACGAGUCUCUGCAACAGAUGCCAAGUAAUAUUUCAAAGAUAGUGGCAACUUGCCAAGAGCAGUACGCAGCACUUGAGCCAAAGGUCAAACAGGCUGUUCAUCAUAACGAAGUAACACAGUACAAAUUUGAACCCGAAUGGGAGCAAAGCAUGAAAAAAAUGUCUGUGCCAAAACUGGGACAUAUUCUGACACUUGAUCCGGUAAAGGCAACAGAAAUUGUCACGUACAAGGGAGAAAUCAACGUUCAUUCACCAGCAGUAGAUAGGGAAUUUUGUAAUAUAAAAGGAAUGUGCAUUCUUUCAACACAGUUGCUAGUUGCUGCUGACCAACAAAACAAUUCCCUCAAACUACUGGACAGAGAGCAAGGCAAACUGGUGUCAACCAUUCCGAUGCCGACUGGACCCAGAGAUGUGACAACAAUUAAGGGCACUCAAAUUGCUGUCACCCUGCCAAAUAUGAAAGUAAUCAAAAUAUUGACCUUGUCUAGCGACGGCACUGUUUCUAAUGAUUCUUUCAUACCAGUUCAUGGAGCAUGCCGCGGAAUUAUCCACAAUAAUGGAAUAUUUAUUGUUUCGUUUGGCUUUCCAAAAAGUGAAAUUAAAAUUAUAGACAUGAAUGGAACAGUAAUAAAGAACAUGGACAUUAGACGUAAUCCAGAGAGCCAAUCUAGCCUGGCAGGCCUGGGUAUGAGCCCUGAUCAAAAAAUGAUCUACGUUGCUGACGAGGACAAUGGAUCUGUCACUUGCUUGACAACCUCCGGAAAGGUCAAGGCCAUUUAUAAAAAUCCUAAUUUUGAAAGGCCUCGAGGAGUGGCAGUAGCUAGCAAUGGGCUUGUUUAUGUAACAGGAAAAGGUAAAGUUCACGAACUGUCACCUAACCUCGGUCACGGGAGAAUUGUGAUGGAUCGUAGUCAUGGAAUCAAUUUCAUACAAAGUCUACUGUACUGUGAACAAGAGAAUCUACUCUACGUAGGAAUGAUUGCUCAAAACACAAUAAAGAAAUUCCAUAUUGAAUAA